AUGUAACAGUUUAAAACAAUAAUUCAAUAUAGUUCUAAUAUUCUGCCACAAAAUGUAAUAUUUUUUGCUCUAUGCGUUACAAAAUUAAGAAAUAUUAUGCAAUAUCAUCGACAUGUUCAGAGUUAUUUAAUAUGGUAACCUAAAGUCAAAUAUUCAUAUAUCUUCAAUUUUUAAUAAAUAUUUGGACACUUCACCCUCAGUACACACACUGUGUUGCGUGAGAUUAGUGUUAUUGUUGAGAGCAAAUUUUUCCAUAAACUUCCAGUAAUAUAAAAGGUAUGGUUGGUUUGAUUUUAUCACGAUGUUUAAUGAGAUAUGCAAAGUUAUUAUAAAAUAUCGCGAAUUCAGCUGCCUCCCUAAAGCUGGUAAUGCUGUACAGAUGUAGCUACUUCAAGUUUAUAAGAUAGUAAUUCGUCCUAACUUGGUGUACUGCUCUCAUAUCUAGGGUGGUUCUUCUUAUGCCAAACUGUUAUGUAGGGUGGAAUCAAAGGCAUUUCGUCUUAUUAACUCUUCUCCUUUAUAUAGCUGGAAUGAAGUCAAAUAAUGGUAAAGUGUCUUAACGAAUGUAUAUAUCGUCAAGACCAACAUAUGUGGCAUUAUGGUAACUCGUCCCUUAUCCCAAAGACAAAGAAGAGACUGCCAAUAAGUCUGAUUUUAAAAAUCAAGAAACCAACCUCCACCACUACCUUCUCCAGAUCACCCAGCUGUAUCCUCCACCACGGUAGCAGGUGCGGAAAUGUCCUGAGGUUAACUCUACUUCACCACUGAUUAUUAGAGAUGAAGGUUUCCCAACUGGUCAUGCUCCUUAACUUACUACAUUCCAACUUCUUAUCAGAAAACAUCACCAGAGAAGUGAAAAUACAUACAUUUGUAUUACUGCAUAUAUCAACGAGAAAUUAUUACUAGAAUUUAUUUAAUGUGAAAAUUUGUACAGGUAUUGUAGUCAUGGAACAAAUGAGUGAUAAUACUUCAGAAAAUAAAGAAUAUGAUUCUGAUAUAUCAACUGUCAGUUUAGGUUUUACGAAGAAUGAAGAAGAGAUUGUCAAGUCAAUAGCAAAAACAUUAGUGGGAGAUAUACCAUUUUUUAAUAUUGAUAAUGGUAAAGUGAAAGGUAGUCAGGAGUGUCCUCUGGAUUCUAAAGUUUCUCAAGUAUUGGUAUCAAAUUUAGAAAGUAAGGAUACUCUACAGAAUACAAUACCAGAUUUAAAUAUAAGUUCAAAACCCAAGAGAAACAAAGAUUUAGCAGAUGGUGCACGUAUCUCUCCAGCCAGGGGAUCACUUACACCUUCAGUUGGAGAUGUUAUAAUUAAGAUAGAAAACAGUGAAACUUCACAAAAACUAGAUGGUAAUAUCCUUGAAGGUGAUUAUGAGUUUGUUGAAUUUGAUGACAAAGGACUAGUAAUUGAAACCAAAAAUGGAGCUGGAAUCCUUCGGGGAAGAAAUAAGAGAGAGGAGACAAGGGUUAAUACUGCAAAAAAGGAAUCUUUGAAAUAUAUGUGCAAGCUUUGUGGCAUGUCUUCACAGACACCUUCUAAUCUCAGACAUCAUAUGAUGAUGCAUACUGGACAGAAACCUCAUACUUGUUUAUACUGUGGCAUGACUUUUCAUCAGUCCCAUCUCCUGAUAGAACACAUAUGCACACACACUGGUGAAAAUCCUUUAGAGUGUGAGGUGUGUGAUGAGACGUUUACCACAAAGUCUGCCUUAAAAUCACAUAUGAAAGUACAUGCCGAAGUGAAGGGUCACAAAUGUCAAAUAUGUCAUGCAGCAUUUUCUGAUAAAUUGCAGUUGAGAAUCCACACAAAGAAACAUAAAGAUAAAUUUUAUGAAUGCACUGAUUGUGGGGACAAAUUUAUAACUGCACCUAGACUAAAGCGUCAUCAGAUGAUACACACUGGAGAGAGGCCAUAUCAGUGUGAAGAAUGUGGAGUGGCCUUUCGUGAAGAAACAACGCUAAGAGCUCAUAUGGGCACCCAUCUUCCUCGGGGACCAUAUCCUUGUUAUUUAUGUGGAAAGAUAUUUUCACGUCUAAAUAGUCUAUCGCUACACAAGAAAGUACACAACACAAAUGGUACUUACAGGUAUGUACCUAAAAAAAUGGAACCAGUGCAAAACAUUGACAAUUCUGGUAAUGGGUCAGUAGAUAAGAAUGUUGAUACUAAUAAUUAUUUAUCAGAAGAAUUAGAAGUUAAAGAUAGAUGUAUACCAAUUAAAGAAAAUAAUUUAAGAAGUAAAAGUACAAAUGCAUCAUUUGAGGAAUUUACUUGCAGUCAGAACAUGAAAACUCAAGUAAUGGAUUCAUGUUUUCCCACUAUUACUGAACCUCCAAGUGACUUAACAAGAAGUAUCAUGACAGAUGUUGAACAGGAAAUGGUGAGUGUUCCUCACCCUGAUAUUGUGCGAGAUGCUCUUGCCACAGGCACUGUGUUAGAGUCUCAGGGGGAAGAUGGACAAGGCUACUUGAUAGUACUUCCAAAAGCCUUAGCAGAAAAGGAUUAUACUCUCAUAGCUUUGCCUCCAAUGCCAGCCUCUAAGAUUGCCAUGGUGUCAGAAUCUGUGGUGCUGCAAGAAAAUGAAGAACAGGGACAUAAUAAUUGUGAUUUAUUUGUUUGGGAUAAUGACAUUGAUGCAGUCACAGAAGUUGCUUUUGAUCCAGAAAGAGAGUUACUUCCUGUGGAAGAAAUUUAUAGUAAGGCUAAGAAACAGAAAAAAGAAAAGGUGGUAGUUGAUGAAGAGAAUAUUUUGCAAGAAGAGUUACACACAAAUAAAUCUGUCAAAAUUCAAAAAAAAGAAAAGAAAAUGAAGGAUAAGAAGAUUCGUAUUCCAAAGUCUUAUGAAUGUCAGCACUGUGGCCGGAAUUGUAAGACUUCUUCAAAUUAUAUUAUUCACAUGCGCACUCAUACAGGUGAGAGGCCUUAUUAUUGUGAUUAUUGUGGAAUAGGUUUUAAGCAAUUAGCCCAUCUAAAAGCUCAUGUCAGGAUACACACAGGAGAGGAACCAUAUAAGUGUAAUAUAUGUGAUGCUACAUUUAAACAGUCUUCAAGAUUAAAAUCUCACCAGAGGACACAACAUGUUGAAGGAAAAGUAAAGAAAAAGAAAAUAGCAAAGAAGUUUUCUAUUAGAAAUUUCUAUUGCAAGAUAUGUGAUAAAACAUUUCUUGAUUCUUGCUAUAAAAAACAGCACAUGAGAACACAUGAAGAUGAAGCACAGUACAAAUGUGACAGAUGUGAUGCUGUAUUCAAGACUAAAAGUACCUUCAAGAAGCAUAGGUUGCAUCAUGUAGAUAAUUGGGGUAUUUGUGAAUUGUGUGGUCUUCAAUUUGAGGGUGUUAAAGCAUUAAAUGUGCAUAAACAGACAUCACAUGGAAGAGAUAUAAAUGAUUUCAAGAAAGAAGGACAUGAUGUUAAUGAAACAAUAAAACUUGAGGGUGAAAGUGAUCAUGUCUCCAGCAGUGAAGAAAUAAAAGAAAAUGUAAUUGAAUCCGUUUUAAAUUCUGUUAAUGAGCGCUUCAAGCACUACCAAGGUUCUCAUGUACUAAGUUCAGAAUGUACAGAAAAUAUGACUAAAACAAAAAUUAUAAAUGCAAGUAUCCCAGCUGAUUUUAAACAGUACCAGUGCAUGGUGUGUAAAAAAUAUUUCAGACAAAGCUCCAAUCUUAAGACUCACAUGAGAAUGCAUACUGAUGAGAGGCCAUAUAAAUGUAAUGACUGUGGAAAUGCAUUUCGUCAAAUUUCCCAUUUGAAAGACCAUGUGAAAAUGCACACUGGAGAGAAACCUUUUAGAUGUAGUGGCUGCUCAGCAGCCUUUACUCAGUCUUCAGCAGUAAAGUAUCACAUUAGAAAAUAUCACAAAGGAAAGGCUCAUGUGGUGAAGGAGCAAAAGAAUAUACUCUUACAAGAUAAGGAAUCAAUAACUCUUGAAAAUACAACUCAGAUGAUUGAUGAUACUAUUGUAAUAAGUAUUGAAAAUGGAGUAUCAGUAUCAGUUGAGCAUAAACAUUUUGAAAAGAGCACUGGAGCACUGAAAAAAGAAAAAGAUAAAGAGUACAAAAAGGAUAUUUCUACUUAUUCUCCAAAAAUUCACAGUUAUACUCCUAACACAAAAAUUUUGCAGAAAUGUGAAAUGUGUAAUAGGUCUAUUGGAAAACAUGCUCGUCAUGUUACAGUAACCGACAAUGAUGGACGGUUAAAUAUAUGUAGGAGAUGUUCAACUCGUGCAAAAUCAACCAAGCUACCAGUACUUAUUGUAAGGUGUAAAGAAGAGCAAAAUGAGGAAGAAUCUGAAAUCCACAAUAAUCAAAAUGAGGAACAAGAAACUAUCCCAAAAGAAAGUUUUGUGAAGAUUGAUAGGAAGAAAAUAUGUGAGAAAACUUUUGAAACAAUUAGGAAAUCAAGUGAACCAAGUAUAUGUAAUGAAUAUAAAGAAACAUGCUUUGAAUUAGAGGAUAGCAAGAAAAAUAUAAACCAUUGUGAAGAAAAUAUUGGGAACAUUUGUGACAUGUGUGGAAAGGCAUUUGGGAGGGCCUCAGCACUUACAUUUCAUAAGCAGAUGAGUCACAGAAAUGAUUAUGAUGAAGAGGAAGAAAGGUUAUUGACAAACUAUAGAAGUGAAAAUGAUGAUUUGGAUAACAAAAUGAAAAUGAGUGAGUUUAUCAAGGAAACAACUGUAACAGCAAGUAGUCAAUAUCAGCAUCCAUGUGCUCCUUUAGAAAUUAAGGUAGAGGCAGAAGACAUAUCAUUUAGUGAGAUAGAAUAUUGCAAGUGCUCAUUUUGUGGUAUAAAGUUGUCUGAUAUGUCCAUGUUAAAUAAACAUAUAAGUCAGCUACACCCAGAAGAAAUAUCUCAUAUGAAGUCCCAGGCUGAUAUUAGUAAUAGGAGUUACAGUUCAGUGAAUAACAAAUGUGUAAUGCAAAAGAAAAGAAAAAUAUGGACUAGAAAAAAGAAAACAGAAAAUGAAGGCAAAAUUAUGACAAAUAGAUUUAAUGAUACAGUGGGUGGAAAAGAGUUUUGUCUUAAUGAAAUCAGCCAGUAUAAAUGCCAGGGAUGUGAAAAGUCUUUCACUAGAGUAGCAAAGCUAAAGGAUCACAUUAAUAGUUGGUGUAAAGCAAACAAAAAAAGUUAAGUGUGUGUGAUCAAGUUAUAGGGAAAAAAUAUUUUUUCAGGAAGAGGGCAGUGAAAUGCAGUAAUUUCACCUUUUAUUCACUUGGAAAAUACAACAUUGACUAAACAGAUACAGUACAGGUGCUUCACUACUUAUGAACUAGUUACGUUCCUGAGGCUUGUUUGUAAGUCCAACUUUACUCCUGUUUGUUCUAUCUGGAAUUUUCUUCAAAAUAAUCCAGUCUCAUCCACAUUAAACACCUGCUCUGGCAGGUAACCCCCCUCGGUGGUGAUGUUUGUAUCUCUGAAAGUUUGUAAGUUGAACUUUCUUAAGUAGAGGAGCACCUGUAUAUGUCAUUUGGUUUUAGGUAAAUUGAUUCAUGGAGAUAUGCUCAUUGAAUGCUUUAGCUAUCCUGUUACAGUGUUGAUAGGAGAGUGGGUAUUGCACUGUGAGCUGCAAUAAUUAUCAAAAUAUCAUAUUUACAGCUAUUUUGUGAUCAUGUUUAUAUAUUAUUUUAAUAAUAAUUUACUUAAAACUGGUAUUUUUUUUAUUUUCUAAUGAGUUCUAUUGCAACUUUAGUUGUUAUAUAAUUGUACUGAAGCAAAUUGUUAGUAAGAAUAAAUAUGAAACAUUGUUGCACAAAUAAAAAAAUUGGUUAUGAGGAUCAGACACUGUUUAAACUAUUACAA